AUGGAUUUCGAUACCCAGAGUCAGAGCCUCUCGCCAGGCGCUGCAACUCACAACCCCAAUCUCAUCCUUCCAGCAACUUGCGACCCACCAUCUGAGCACAAUCCGCCCAAGCGAGCAGUAUGGAUAGUCUUCGGAGCGACCGGUCACAUGGGACGAUCCCUCGUUCGAGCGAUACUAGCGCACGGCGACCAAUGCACCGCGGUGGGAUGGACUGAAGAGAACACACCUGAACAGAUGGAUAAGUGGAAGAGCAGAAACUGCUUGGGCUUGCUAUGCGAUGUCAGAGUGCGCGAGACAGUGGAUCAGGUCAUCAGGAAGAGCAUCGAAUACUGGGGCCAGGUGGAUGUCAUAGCGAACAGCACCGGCUACGGCGUCAUAGCAGCAUGCGAGGAUCAGGACGAGUACGACCUGCGCAAUCAAUUCACCACAAACUUCCUCGGAACCCUACACAUCUUGCAACUCUCCCUCCCCUACUUUCGCUCACAAAACUCCGGUCGAUACCUCAUAUUCUCAUCCACGGCUGGAGCCCUUGGCGUGCCUGGCCUCGGCCCGUAUUGUGCGACCAAGUACGCUGUGGAAGGACUAAUAGAGUCGAUGUUGUACGAAGUCGAUAUAUUCAACAUCAAAGCAACACUGGUCGAACCUGGACAUGUUCGAUUGGACGAGCCAGAUGACAACAUAUUACCACCCAGCUAUACUUCGAUGCCCGUUCCAGGAACAGGUCCGCCGAAGCCGAAACGUUACGGUCAUUUCUUCGUGAAACCGAACCCCAGCGAGCCCUACUCGGGACUGACAAGCCCCGCGCAACACGCGCGACGGAUGGUACAGUGGCUGAACGACAGACAGCCGGUGAGCGCAGUGAAGAGCGCAGAGUUGGUGUGGCAACUGGGUCAUUGCAGCUAUCCUCCGUUGCGGUUGAUUUUGGGUAGCUACGCGGUGGAAAGUAUUCGCGACAGACUGAAGAGCAUCACUGAAGAGAUCGAGGACUGGAAACAUCUCUCGUUCCCUGUUUCUAUGCCUCCGGAAGACGAGGACGGAAAGGAUAAUCUCAAAGAGGAGCAGGAGCAAGACGACGAACAUAUGCAGGACUGA